AUGGUAGAUUUUGUACUUCGUCUCAGAGAUUUAGAAAAUAAAACACUUGAACUUUUCGUUUGCGAAAUCGCUGGAGGACCAUACAAUUUGAAGUCAGAUAAAAUUUUAUUGGAUAAAAAUAAAGUUUUUCGAGAACUUCGUGAUAUGUUAGCAGAAAUUGUUGGAUAUUUUAUAACUAAUUAUCAGAACCGGUUAACAGAAGACAUUGUAAAUCAACUUCAUGAAUUAAAAGUAUAUGCCGCUAUUGGUUAA